CAUCAUCAUCAUCAGGUUUUUAUUCUCAGUGUGUCACCUGGAGCCUGUUAAUGUGUGUGAGUACAUGUCUUCUCCUCCUCCUACAGUGAGAGAGGGCGUAUCCACUCUCACAGAGAGAGAGAGAGAGAGAGAGAGAGAGAGAGAGAGAGAGAGAGAGAGAGUGGGAGGGCUUUUCUGUGUUUCUCUGGUUUGAAUCAGAGGAGGAAGAAAACAUCGAGCCACUGAACGAGGAGGAAGCGCGCAUCUACAUUUCUGCUGCUGGAGGAGAGCAGACACCCACCAGACACAGAGACACAGAGAGACAGAGAGACACACAGAGGACAGACUGCUGCUGUUAUCCCACAGAGGAACUAACAAAAGAUGGAUGACCAUGUUGCCACCACAGAGCUGUGACGUCACUGUGAAGUCGUGGAUGUUGGUGGACAGAGCGUUUUCUUAACUUCACUACUAGACCUGUUUGACGUUCCUCCUCUGAAAUACCUGCCGUUGUCUGCCGUGAACAUAAAAAGAGACCAACCUACCCAUGUUUAAAAACAUGGAGACUCUUUCCCAGGAUUCCAUUCUGGAGUGCCAGAUCUGCUUUAACUACUACAGCCCCCGCCGGCGGCCCAAGCUCCUGGAUUGCCGGCACACGUGCUGCUCGGUGUGUUUGACCCAGAUGCGCAGCAGCCAGAAGGAGAUUCGUUGCCCCUGGUGCCGCAGCGUCACCAAGCUCCCGCCGGGCCUGUCCGUCUCCCAGCUCCCGGACGACCCGGACAUCAUCACCGUCAUCGCCAUCCCUCACGCCUCCGAGCACACGCCCGUCUUCAUCCGCCUCCCCAGCAACGGCUGCUACAUGCUGCCGCUGCCCGUCCACAAGGAGCGGGCGCUGGGCCUGCCGGGGGAGCUGGGAUGUCGUUUCCUGCCCGGCGGCCAGCAGAAGGGCGUGACGGUGGUGACCGUGCCCGAGCAGCAGCCUCUGGCCCUGGCUAUGGGUCUGGACGGGGUGGGGAUGGAGGUAGGCGAGGGCGAGAGGAGAGUUAACGGCCCUGGGGGAGGAGGAGGGAAGGGGUCCACGUGGUCCGGCGUGUGCACGGUGAUCCUGGUGGCGUGCGUGCUGCUCUUCCUCCUGGGCAUCGUGCUGCACAACAUGUCCUGCAUCUCCAAACGCUUCACUGUCAUCUCGUGCGGCUGAGGGCGGGGGGAGGCUGCUCGGACUGCCGCGGACCCCCCCUGGAUUCCCCCACUAGCCCUGCCUCUCCUCAGGACGGGACUCUGCUGAGGAGAGGGGACUAAACUCACAUCAUGGGCAUCCAAGGAAACUACAGAGCUACGUGAGGAGAAACAGAUGAAGAAGAGGGAAGGGAGGAGAUCCACCAACGUUCUGCCAUUUGUGUCCAAUUUCCUUUAUUUGGGAGACUUAUAAAUUAAGAUGGAAAUACAGAAACAAUCCUUCACGUUCCUCUUAGCGGCCCUGAAACUCCCGUCCUUUUCCCGUCCUUCCAUCUUCUCUGAAAGAACGCUUUGGGAAUUACUCCAGAAAUGUUUUUUGGCGAGCGGAUUUGUUUUUGGCCAGCUGAUAUGUUUUUUGGCGAGGGGCCGAUCUGACGCUCACACUCACAGCCGUCGGAUUGCCUGUUUAGUCUGUGGUUUGUAGAAGUACAUCAGUUAUCAUAGUGCUGUUUAGCUGAGUGUAUGUUCCAAGUGCGGUGUCUCCAGCUGGUGCUGCAGUACAAAGAGUUCGGACUUGGCUGCUCUCCGUCGUCUGAUGCUGCAGGAAUUAACUGUGCAGGAUCCACGUCUGGCCUCGUCUGAAUCAUCUGGGAAACUCAAAAUCAACACAGCUUUUUCCCCCUCCGUUCAUACAACCUGUUCCUGUUCAGAACAAACUGUUGAUAUAAUGGCUCCGCGUAGUUAAUGAAAGGACAAAACAUGGAUUGUAUUGCUCAUUCAUGCCAGCAUAUUACAGCCCUAAACUGAAACCAUGGGUCGUAAUGAGUUGCUUUAUUAAGGCAUACAAGUUUAUCUUUUUCUGUAUUAUUGGGUUUUGGACUGUUGGAUGGACAACAAUUUGAAGACGUCACUUGGGCUCUCAGAUCGUGCGAUGGUUACUAUUUUCGGACAAUUUCUUUACUAAACCAUUAAUUGAAGAGUUAAUUGAUUAAUUGGUAGCCUAAUUGAAAUGAUCACUCGCUGUCCUGUUUUGAAUAUGAUGGGAAAAUGUUGUGCAGCCUUCUAGCAGGAUGCAAGCUGCCAAAAAUGUACCAGGCUAUCUGAUGAAGAAAGAAAUUGCUCAAAAUACUGUAUUAAGAACUGAAGACAUUUUAAAGGAAUAGUUUGACAUUUUGGGGAAUACACUUAUUUGCAUUCUGUACGAGAGAUGAGAAGAUCGAUGCCACUCUCAUGUGUGAGUUACCAACGGCUCUAGAGCCAGGAGGCCAUUAGUUUAGCUUAGCAUAACCUUGAAGCAAAGGGAACAGAUACCCUGGCUUACUUUAUCAGCACCUCUAGAGUUGACGAGUUAACACGUUGCAUCUUGUUCAUUUAAUCUGUACAGAGACAGAAAUAUAGGCUAAUGUUGUGCUAAAUGCUAGACUACAUGUUACGUGAGUUACAGCACAUAACUCCCCAUAAAAAACGCAACUUUACAUUUUUGUACGGUUCAAACAAACAAGAUAAAACCAGUCUCAGUAAUUUGUGAGCUUAGCGGUCUUUAUUGAUGCGUUUUUGGACUUUGUAAAGAGCAAGGCUAGCUGGUUCCCACAUGCUUCCAGGCGAUUUAACGGGGAGUUACGCUAAACUACACGCUACGUCCGUUAGUUACAGGACACAACUUCUCAUAAAAACACAAUGUUUGUACGGAUUAAACAAACAAGAUAAAACACGUUACAGUAAUUGGUGAGCUUUAGCUGUGAUUGUAGUGUUUUUGAACUUUGAAGUGAGCUUUUCCUCUGGUUCCAGGCGGGUUUACGGGUAGUUACGUGGUAUAUGUGAGAACGUAGCUCUCCAUAAAAACACAACUUAAUGUUUUAAAUGUUUAUACGGUUUAAACAAACAAGAUAAAACAUACAAUAAUUUUACGGGAAGUUACGAGCUACGUGAGUCAGUUACAGCACAUAUAACUCCCCAUAAAACCACAACUACAAAACAUGUUACAGUAAUUUGUGAGCUUUAGAGAUGUUGUACAUUUUUUAACUUUGAAGAGAACCAGACUAAGCUAAUCGCCUCCCGGCUAUUGCUCUAUCAGAGUGGUACGAUCUCCCGUCAAGAAAGCCAAUAAGCGCAAUGUCAAACUAUUUCUUUAAAUAAAUGUAAUGGGAAAUUGGACGUUCAUUUCUUGUUUCUCUUCUGCAGUAUGUCUUCCCAUGCUUCGUGUGUUAUCUUUCAUCGAUUUAGUUACCUGUCCAUCUACGUUUCACCCCGACCUGCAGACCACCUUCGUCCUCUACAGAAGGACUCUCUCAGCUUUGACAGCCCACACAGCGUUGAUGGUUCAGUAACGGGUCAGGAGUGGGCGGGAUGCUGCAGGAUUCCAGUUAAUGACGGCCGCAUCGAUUUAUCUGCUUUUGAAUAUAUCUCUCGCAUCCAAACAGAUGGAUGCUUCUCUCUCUCUUUUUUUCACUUUUAUAUGUUGAGGCGAGCAAUUUGUCUGUUUACUGUAUCGUCAAAAUCAAAUGGAGUGUACAGUACACACAAACAGGGUGAACUCUUUUUGUAAUUGCAGCCUCGUCAUGUACAGAAUGAUUGUAAUUUCCUUGUCUUUUUCUGAUAUCUUUCUUUUGUUUACUUGUUUUACCUGGUUAGUAUUAAGAUGUGAGAUUAGGGAGCUCUCUGUGUGUGUGUCUGUGUUUGCUCUAAAUGAAACAAACAAGUUAUUCAGUACACUUCAGGGCUCUCAGAGUCGGCAUGACACACACCAUGGGACACAGCAUAAGGAAAGAAAGUGUUUGGCAUUUUUGGCAUUCAGUAUAAUGAAGAAUUAGCCUAUAUAUUGUACCAAAAUAUAAAUACGCAUAGCCACUUGUUCACGUAAAAAUAAUUUAUUUACUAUCCUACAUCUAAUACAUCUAUGGAUGAUCCAGUCACUAAGGUUCCCUUAGAAUUCCAUCUACUUUGAGUUCCCCUAUCAGCAUGAUUUUACCACCUUUAUCCUUCUACUCAACUUUAAUUAGUUUGAUUUUCAUUUAUUUUGGUUUGGCAUCUCAUAUCAGCAAGAUUUCACCGCCUUUCACCAAAGCAAAGUCUGGGAUUUCUUCCCACUUAGACGUUUAAAUCAGACUUAAAUGCAUUAAAUCCAAAACAUACUAAAGUCAUUUGGCAGCUCAAGGAUGUACAGGAAUAUUCUGUUCUGAAAGCGUUCAGGCUGCAAUAGGGCAACUUUUUUGUUUUGCAGAUGCAGUUAUGAGAGACGGCGUUAAGUUCAGCUGAACUGGUCCAUGUGGGACACGCUUGCUGGUUGGAGCUCCUGCUGUUGCUAUGAGACUACACUGAAAGUCCUUUUGAAGUUCGGCGCUGCUUAGCUCAAAGUUGAAAUUAUUUUUAGCUCCGAGCGCUCGGUGCUCCGUGGGCUCCAAAAAAAAAA